GUCAUUCCUCACGACUUCACGAGUUACUCAAGAGUCAAGACCGCGACAACUUAGCUAACACCGCGCCGGAACCCGGAGCCGCAAUCGGAGAUGUCGCCGCCGCCGGAGGAGCGGCGCAAGCCUACGCCAGCGGAGUCCCGCGAGUGGACGCUACGCUUCCUCCAAGCCCUGGGAGUGGACGCGACCCUCCCGGCGUCGGCGGAGCGCCCCGACGCCUACCCCGCCCUCGUCCGCGCGCUACUGUCCUCCGCCACCGUCUCCUCCUCCCCCACGCCGCGCGUUUCCUGCACCCUCUUCGUCUCCUCCUCCGCGACGAACGCCUACAACACGCUCCACGGCGGCGCGGUCGCGGCCGUCGCGGAGGCCGUCGGGAUGGCGUGCGCGCGCGCCGCGGCGGGGGAUAAGGAGAUGUUCCUCGGCGAGCUCAGCACCGCCUACCUCUCAGCCGCCCGCCUUGAUACUGAGGUAGAAGUGGAAGGGCAGAUACUCAGGAAGGGCAGAUCUGUUGUGGUUACUACAGUUGAGUUCCGGCUCAAGGACAGCAAGAAGCUCUGCUACACAUCUAGAGCCACCUUCUACAUCAUGCCUCUGGCAAGCCUGUAAAUGAUCUCCUACCGUACAUGGAACACAGUUGUAUUUACAUGACUAGAGCUGUGCAGGAUUGUACGUGUCAUUGCACUGAUACAUAAACACGAAGACCGUAUUGCAAAUCA